CUGAGCUUAAGCAAUCCUCCCAUCUCAGCCUCCCAGAGUACUAGGAUUACAGGCAUGAGUCACUGUACCCAUGCCCAUGAGAUGUAUACUCUUUACUAAAAAAUACAAUUUUGGACAAAUCUUCAACAACAGUUAUCUGUCUAGGAAAACAUUCCCAAAGUACAGACAGUACCACUCAUCUACCUCUUUCUAACAACCUCUCAGCCUAGUAGUCAUAGGAAUGUUGUCUAUCCACACUCACUUUACUAUUUAGGAAUGUGAAAAUGUGCAAAACCCUAUAGGUAUGUUUGUGCUAAUGUUAAGUUUAUGUGUAUAACUGUGGAUGAAUUCUAGUGGUCAUCUGGUCAGGACUCAAUUAGAGAAGAGAAAAUUAAGAUCCCGAGAAGUCAAGUAAUUUUCCCAGGGUGAUACAGUUAAUAACAGGUCCUGUACUAGUAGUCACUUCUACUAAUUUCUAGUCCUUGUUUCCUGCUCUAUUCUAGAAAUUAUAUUCCUUAAUAGAAAUCACCACAUCUCUUUGUUAUUAUGUAAACCUAUGUGCCUGUGUCAGUGAGCAUGCAUGUGAAUGUCUACAUGUCUACGUGUCUAUCUGCAAGUAUUUGUAAAGCAUAUCGCUGGGUGUUUAUGCCUUUCUGCUAGAGAAACCUCUAGAUAAUUACAUUUCUUUAUGUCGGCACCAGCACUGAAGUCAGAAGAAGACCUUCUGAGUCAAUCAUUAAUAAGCACUCUUGGCCCUUUGUCCAAUCAGCUCUAUUCUUGGGCCUUCAGGAAAUGGGGCCAAAUAAUCAGGGUGGAACCAGAGUCUCCCAGGGUCAAACUUGGUUCCAGGGCAGUGAAAGCAACUAGAGAUAAGGCUUUAAGAGGCAGUGACAGAUCAGUAGUGGCUUGUCUCUGCAAUGAGCAUGUGCUCAAGCUAACAUGGAUACCAUCUUGGUCUUCAGCCUAAUCAUUACAUCCUAUGAUGCCAACAAGAAAGACCUCAGAGAUAGCAGUUGCCAAGUGGAACAGCUGCCUGAGCUCUUCCCAAAGGAUGUGCCAAGCAUCAGGGAUUUGCUAACACAAGAAACUCACACAGAAAUCAAAAGGGCAACAUUCAUCCAAAAUCAGACUGUGGCUACUCUGCAGUGCCUUGCUUCUGAGAACAAAGUGAAAGUCAACCUUGUGUAUUUGGAGAGAAAGCCAAAGGUUAAGCAUAUUCUAAAGAACCUACAAGUCAUUGCUGUUUCCCACAGAAACAACUCUGCCUCCCCAAGCUGUCACCUAACCCUUACAUCCAAGUUUCAGACUGGAUCCCUUCUAACAGGCAAAGCUUUUUUACCAGGGAUCUCCCAAUGUAAGGUCUAUCCAGUGAUCGGGGCUUCAUCAGAGACUUUUUCCACCUCUACCAAUUCCAUUACUCCUGGGAAUACAGAAGGAGAGAAAACUACAAGUAUUGACACAGAUGAGAACCUAGAGAAGAGGAAGAAAUGGAGUAUUGUGGUCAAAUUUCUGAUUGCUGUCACAUUGUUGCUCAGUGGAGUCGCCAUUAUAAUAUUUGUAAUUUUUGAAGUCCCAUGUCCUUGUCAAUGCUUAGGAGCCAGGAAGCUGUGCCAAUGCCAGUGGUGGUGGAGAAAGCCAAAGAAAGGAGGCCAGAAACCUGGGACAGCUGAAUCCCAGUGUGACUCUCAGCCUGAGAAGGAAAGUUUUCUCUGUGUUGGACAAGAUGCUCCCAACUCAUCAAACUCAAAGAAAACUGCAGGGAUCACUGUUAUCCACCAGACAUACUUCUGAAAAGCUUUGCUCUGCCUCACACAUUGAAUGAAUGAUACUACACUGUCUUCUCCCUAUUAUCAACAGGGGCAGAUUCUGGCCAAUUUUA